GGUCAACAGACAAUGAUGAGAUAUGCAAUUAUUACAUCAUGUUGUACACAAAUAGUUCUGUAGCUGACUCAUCAGAAGAUUGUAAAUUCAAUGAACUUACACCACUGACAGGAGAUAACUUUCCCAAAGAUGUUAGUGUUCCACUUCCACCCAAUCCAGCUCUUGAAGAAGCAGCCAUAGGAUCUCGCAACCAUCCAGGAGUAAAUCCCCCAGAACAAAACAAUGGAACUGUCCACUAAUGUGUAAAAAUGGUCAGGCCUCAAUAAUGUUUGCCUGGGCUAAGAAUGCUCCUCCAACUGUCAUGCCCAAAGGAAAAUGUCAUGAAGUUGUGAUGCUUCUUGAUGCUCUUGAAGAUGGACAGUGAGAUUGUACUUGGCAUCGUAAACAACAUUAUUGUGAUGUGAUGAACUUUUAUCUUGUACAACGUGUACAGCUUGAACCUUGUACAAAAUUGACUAAAAUUUUACACAACACAUCAGAAAAAUGAACGAGUAGUCAUUCUCUGGCGCUGCCAGGGUCGAGUUUCGCUAAAGAGAAACAAAAUUCAUCGUAGUCCCUUUAACAGUUUCCACUGAGGAAUUUUCUGGUGAUGUGGCAGGUCUGCAACAGUACCGCCCUCUGACAGGCAACGAAGAUGUUCCUAGGAAUGUUAAGGGCCUUGAAGGUGUCUGUGAGUGUACCCUGUAGAUAUAAGCUGUACAUUCAGAAUGGACAAGAGUAUCUUUCCCUUUGCCUACAGAACACAUUCUCAUGGAUUAGGCUGCUAGAUGUACUUAUAACUCAAGUUCAAUGGAUCAUGCUGUUGGGUGUUGGGUCUACAGGAAAUGAUGAGAUGUGCAAUUUUUAUAUUAUGUUCGACACGAACAGCUCUGUGGCUAAUCCUUCAUGGCAAUGUGGCACUAAUGAACUUCUACAACUGACAGGAGAUAACUUUCCCAAAGAUGUCAGCGUUCCACUUCCACCAAAUCCAGCACUUGAAGAAGCAGCCAUAGGAUCUCACCACCAUUCUGGCAUGAAUCAUCCAGAUAAAGCCAAUGAGAACUUGUACCAAGACACAAAAACUCAAGACAUAUUGAUGCCUGGUGCUAAGCCUAAUACACCUGACACCUAUCUAUGUACAACCUAUCCAGUUCUAGAAGAGGAGCUUUAUAUUUAUAAAUUUGAAGCUCUGGCCAAUGCUGCCACUGCACACCACAUGUUGCUGUAUGGAUGUGAUGGUGAACCUUUUUCUACAGACAGCAUCUGGAACUGUCCACCAAUGUGUAAAAAUGGUCAGCCUACAAUAAUGUUUGCCUGGGCUAAGAAUGCUCCUCCAACAGUUAUGCCUAAAGGUGUAGGUCUCAGGGUCACAGGAAAACAUCAAUUAAGACUAUUGUACUCCAGGUACACUACGCAAAGAUUUUUGAAGACUCAGAACCUGCAGAUCACUCUGGACUUAAACUUUACACAACCCACCAAAACUAAGCCUCAGUAUGUUGCUGGUAUAUUUUUAUUAGAUUCUGGGGACUUCACCAUUCUUCUACAUACUAAUUGUACAGUCAUAACUGGUUAUCAAUACAAUGGAACGUAUCAUGAAAUCGGUAAAGGAAAUCCACAAUGGCCACAAGCCUUCUAUCCAGUGAAGGAAGUAAUUGAAGUCAAACCAGGAGAUGCUUUAGCUGUUAGAUGCACUUAUAACUCAAGCUCGAUGCAUCAUCCUGUUGGUGUUGGGUCAACAGGCAUUGAUGAGAUGUGCAAUUAUUACAUCAUGUUCUACACAGACAUUUUUGUGGCUGACCCAUCAGGAGAAUGUGCUUUCAAUGAACUUACACAGCUGACUGGAAAAAACUUUACCAUUGAUGUCAGCAUUCCUCUUCCACCCAAUCCAGCCCUUGAAGAAGCAGCUAUAGGAUCUCAUCACCAUGCUGGCAUAAAUCAUCCAGAUGAAGCCAUUGUUGACUUUGAAGACACACAGAUAUUGAAGAUAUUGAUGCGGGGAGCAAGCCCUAGAAAGCCGGAUUCUUAUUUAUGCACAGCUUACCAUGCACAGGAUUUGGAAUCAUAUAUUUAUAAGUUUGAAGCUGUAGCUGACGCCAACAGAGCUCAUCACAUGCUGUUGUAUGGAUGUGAAGGAACUGUCCUGCAAUGUGCAAGAAUAGUCAUCCUGUGAUUUUAUUUGCUCGGGCUAAAAAUGCUCCUCCAACUAUCUUGCCUAAAGAUGUUGGUUUGAGAUUUGGCAACAGAACAUUCAUUAAAAACAUUACUAAACAUUAGUACUGCAAGUUCACUAUGCUAGGAUAUUUACUGAUGCUGAAGAUAAGACCACUCAGGUUUGAAGAUUUAUGUCACACACAAAAAGCAGCCAUAUGUUGCAGGAGUUUUUUUCUUGGCAUCUGCAUCGUUUACGAUACCUCAAGGACAUUCCUCCUUCCCUGUGGAUGUCUGCUGUAGAUUUUCAAAAGAAAAAAGUAUUUUUCCAUUUGCCUACAAGCCACAUGCCCAUGGUUUAGGAAUAUUAUGAUGAAUAUGCUGCCAAUGAUAUGAGAGAGAAAGGAAUUUAUGGAACUGCCACCUCUAGCGAGGAAGGACUCAGUCGGAACAGGAACAAGGGUUUUGAAGCCAUCAGUCAACAGCUAGAGCAUUUCCCUCGCAAGAACGCAGCUGGUCGGAUCAAUCAAUCCCAGCAUUUGGAUCAGAAUCAAGGGAAACAGCCUCUGUCAGAGAACACAAAUCAUGCCUCAAUCAACAGACAAAACAGUGAGCUCAGAAAACUCCCUAACUCAGUUAGAGCUAUAGAAGUUGGUCAGUCAGAAGCAGUCCAUAAACCACAUAGUUAUGUUCAUUUGGAGAAACCUAUAUUCAAUUCAUCAUGGCCAGAAGAGUCUAUUACAUUUGGUCAGGUGUGGCUAUUGACACAAGUGGCUCAAGAAAAUGGACUGCACAGAAACUUUUAAAGUGGGAAGCGUGGUCGAGAGGUUAAGUGCUCUUGAACUUGGCUUGGCUUGGCUACCAAUCAAGGAGGCUCGAGGUUCGACAUCCGACUUAGGCAGAGUUGUGUUUAUUGAGCGCCUAAAGGCAGCACAGAAAAACCUUCUCCUAGAUACCCCCUCCUCCCCCACAACUGAGAUUGGACCAAAGCGCUCAGAGCAUGCUAUAAGCAUGAAUCUCUCUGUUUCAUUGUAUCAUAAUUUAUCAAAGUUAUGUUUUAUUUACUUAUUCUUAUUCAACUUUUACAAAGUAAAAAUGUUAUGAAUGAAAAAAAUUGUAUUUUUUGUAAAUUUAGUUACAGUUAUUUUGAAUAGAAUUAUUUAUGUUAGCAACUUUUGAAUGCAUCACAUAAUUUUAAUUUGACACAGAAACUGAAAAUCAUUUCAAUUAAAGAUGAAACAUUGUCUCUUGUUGGUGGGGUAUGCAAGACAUUGGUUCUAUGCUGUUGGUAAAAAUUUCUCAUCCUUCAUUGACUUCCAUUGUACUCCACCUUGCACUUUCAAAAUAGUGAUGUCAUUUGUUUCUCAAAUGUUAGUAGCAUAGAAAACAUGGACUGUGUGGUCUAUUUAUCUUAAUGUGUGUUUCAUGUAUUGUAAGUGAUCAUAUGUAACAGUUAUGGGUAUAGAGAAUAAAAUACAAAAUAUUAAACUCA